GUGAUGCAGUAACGCAGACAGUCGGCUUAUUUACCUCUCUUCUAAACAGUCUAGCUAGCUAGUUACUGUUAAAAUGGCAACAUAUAGGAUUUCUGCAUGUAUUGCCUUCGUUUAGAUGGCUGGUUAGGUUUCAAAUCGUUUCACGACCAGUAAAUUGUUCAACUGACGUGAGUGUCCUCGAGCUGAAGUGAACGUAAAAGAACAACAAUCAAUAACAUGUCGGCAGAAUUCACUCCUCCCGGUUCUGACCGACCCACAAUGGACGAGGAUGAUGUUAACAACCAGCCCAGCCCGUCCCACAGCCCCCCUGCAUCAGGAGAACCUGAUCAACAGAACCAAACAGAACCAACCAAAACCUUUUCACACUGUUGUCUGGACUGUGGGAAAGAGUUUUCCCGCCCAUGUGACCUGGUGAGACACCAGAGAGUACACACAGGGGAGAAGCCUUACCCCUGUCCUGAUUGUGGCAAGAGGUUCGCCCACUCAGGAGGCCUCCGAGAACAUGAGAGGAUACACUCCGGAGAGAAGCCUCACUCCUGCUCUGUGUGUGGGAAGAGCUUCACCCAGAAGGGAAGUCUUAGAGUUCACCUACGGACACACACGGGGGAGAGACCUUAUUCUUGCUCCGUCUGCGGCAAGAGUUACACCCAAAAUGAAUUUUUGAAAGUGCACCAGCGAACACACACGGGAGAGAGGCCCUACUCCUGUUCUGUGUGUGGCAAGGGCUUUGCUCAGAUCGGAAACUUGAAGAAACACCAGCGGAUUCACACCGGGGAGAAGCCUUACCAGUGUCUGGAGUGUGGCGCCAGUUUCACCCAGAAGGACAGCCUGAAGAUGCACCAGAGGUCUCACACAGGAGAGAAACCCUGCGUCUGCCCCGAGUGCGGGAAGGGUUUCCGUGACAACGGGCACCUGAAAGUCCACUCGAGAGUGCAUACAGGGGAGAAGCCGUACUCCUGCCCUGACUGUGGGAGACGGUUCAGCCAGGCAGACGUCCUGAAGAGACACCAGAUGGUGCAUACAGGGGAGAAGCCGUACUUCUGUGCCCUGUGUGGGAGGAGGUUCGCCCAGCCUGCCACUCUGAAGUACCACCUCCGGACCCACGCAAGAGAGAACCAGACAGGAGGGUCUCAACGCUGCCCAGUGUGUGGACAGGACCUCCCGACAGAGCAGGCUCUGAGAAAACACCUACAGACACACAUGGGGGAGGACCUCGGUCACAACGGGGGACAGGAAGACGGGGAGGAGGAAGUUGGUGGUCUGAUCAAUUCUGAUGGAGAGGACGUCGGCUGGGACCCUUCUCAUCUUAGUGAGAGUCCUGUCCAUGGCUCUUCUGGUAGUGAAGGAGGAAGUCCCCCUACAUCACACAUCAACAAGAAUCCAGGUGACCAAUCCAGAUCCAAACGCAGGUCACUGGGUCCUGACGACAGAGAGGUCUUCAGUCAGACACUGGGGAGGAACAUUAAAGUAGUGGAGGGGGAGGAGGACUUGAGUCAAACUGUUGAGGUGACGGUUAAAGAAGAAGAGGAGGACGAGGAAGUCACCAGAUCCCCAGUAGAAGAAGUGGACUGGGAGGCUGUUGAACUUAGAGAGAGUCCUAACCACUGCUCCGACCGUGAGGAGAGACCUCCCCACCAGGAGAAUCACACAGCUAAAGACCAUCACCACACAGAGAGCACACGCCUCACUCCUGCUCUGACUCUAUUUGAAGGACCUGAUCAAAGCCAUUGAUGAGGAAAUAAUUAGGUUCAUGAUAUCAUUAGUUACUGUAUCCUAUUGCAGAUAUGUAUGUUUAAUUCAUUAUGUUUGAUUGAAUAAUAAAUCAUGGUUGCAACAA